CUGUUGGAAAUUGUGAAAACUUGUGGUCUUGCAGGGCCGACUCCGCCGUCCGGACAACUUCGUAUAGCUGCAAAACCGAGGCCUUGCUACCGUCACGGAAGGCAUGAGCAGGAUCAUAUAUGGGGCGGCAAGGGGUGCCAGGCUGAAGAUGGCUAUCGCUUGGGUGUGGUUACCAAGACUUCGGAGUGAAAUGGAUGACAUACUAGUAGAGGCCAGGAAGCAAUUCCGAGAAGUUCGCAAUAAGAAAAACGUUGAGAGUAUGGAAUCUGUAAGGCAAAAAUACAUGCAUCAAAGAGUGGGGAGAUUGGACCGGCUUUUCGGGAAUUUUUCAUUCAUACAACAUUCAAGGUGCUCUUAA